AUGAAGGUUAGCUUGAAGAGCGAUUGGGUAGUGAAGCCAGCAGAGCCAACAUGGAGUGGCACUGUCUCCUUAUCAGAAUGCGAUCAAACUUUUGCUGUAACUCAUGUACCAACCAUUUAUUACUACAGGUUUUGCCAGGAUUGUCUUCCAUCAACAAACAACAUCAUCAAAACCCUCAGGACCUCACUAAGCAAAGCUCUAGUACACUUCUAUCCAUUGGCUGGUCGUUUGCGAUGGAUCGCUGGGUCCCGCCUCGAGCUCGACUGUAAUGCCUCAGGAGUUGUGCUCACGGAAGCUGAAACAGAAGCCAAGCUAGAUGAUCUUGGCGAUUUCUCGCCAUCCCCUGACUCUAAUAGCUUGUUUCCCCGUGUAGACUACACAAUCCCAAUUGAUGAACUCCCUUUGUUGUUUGUUCAGCUUACUAAGUUUCAGUGUGGUGGUAUUGCACUAAGUUUUGCAAUAUCACAUGCUGUGGUGGAUGGCCAAAGUGCUCUUUACUUCCUCACCGAAUGGGCUAGCCUUGCUCGCGGAGAGCCAUUAGGGAACGAACCUUUUCAUGAUCGAAAAUUGCUCCGAGCAGGGGAACCUCCAAUUGCAUCUCCAACGUUUGAGCAUUUACAGUUUAAUCCACCACCACUUUUGCUUGGAGAGUCCAGCAGUGAGGAGGAGAAGAAAAAUGAAACAAAGGGUUCCAUGCUAAAACUUACAAAAAAUCAAGUUGAAAUGUUGAGAAAAAAGGCGAACCAAGAUAACCAAGGGCGUAGUUACACACGUUAUGAAGUUGUGACUGCACAUAUAUGGAGAUGUGCAUGCAAGGCAAGAGGUCAUAAAUUUGAGCAGCCUACUAAUUUAUGCAUUUGUGUUAACAUACGCAAAAUAAUGCAACCACCUUUGCCUAAAUCCUAUUUUGGUAAUGCCAUAGUUGAUGUUAUUGCCAAUGGCGUCUCGGGUGACAUCACCUCGAGGCCAUUGGAGUAUGCUGCUCGAAGGGUACGAGCAGCUAUUAAAAUGGUGACGAGUGAUUAUGCAAACUCGACGAUUAAUUUCUUGAAAAACCAGGAGGAUUUGUCAAAGUAUCAAGAUAUUCAUGCAUUUAGAAGCAAGGAAGGUCCUUUUUAUGGAAACCCUAAUCUUGGGGUUAUAAGUUGGAUAAGUUUGCCAUUAUUAGGAUUGGAUUUUGGGUGGGGAAAAGAGAUUCAUAUGAGCCCUGGAACUCAUGAAUAUGAUGGUGAUUGUGUGAUACUUCCAGGAAAUGAAGGGGAUGGAUCUUUGACUGUUGCAAUCAUUCUUCAAGCUGUUCAUGUGGAUGCUUUCAAGAAAUUCUUCUAUGAAGACAUUGAAUGUUGAAAAGAAAAAAUGUUUCAUGAGAAGAAAGGGAUAAAAUUAAGAACAUGUAACUU